CAAUGACGACAUCAACCAGUACACCGUUAAGGAAAUCGGACGCAUCGCGUCUAUUCCGCACACCACAAUCCGUUGUUCGGGAGCCAGCAAACGACGAUGAAGCCGAACGAAGAAACCGACGUUCGGUGGCCACACUCAACGAUUCCAGCAUGGCAGCGGAGGAAAAUGAAAAUAUUAAGAUGUGCUUGAAGCUGUACUCGGACAAUAAAAUGAGUAAAGACAAUGCCUGGUCGCUUACGAUCAUCGACAGCUUCGCAACGCUGAUGGCGCGCCACUCGAAAUCGCUCCAAAACUUCCAGGUCGCCGGCUCAACGCUGGAAGCAUCGACGAAAGUGUACGGACUGCGUGUCGAUUCCGUGCACACGGACGUUAUGCGCAUGUGCUCCGAGCUAACGCGUCAAACGGCACGUGCCAUGAACAACAAUCCAGCCGACGAAGACGAUCCGGAAGAUGGGCAGGGAGCAGGCGAUCAAACGAUGGCGGAAGGUGGCGAUGGAAACGAUAAGGAAAACGAUCAAACCGUCAAUGCCCAACCGAAAGCGAAAAAGAAACGAGCCAGGAAGGGCGUGUCGACGGUAACGAAAUCGAAAGAAUCGAUUAACGGCCCACUGGACACGAACCCGUUCAUGGAUCCGUUCUUCGCGAAGCUUAACUCGGUCGUUGGUGAUGUGAACAGUUCGAGCCGGCUGAUGCAAAACAUUGUGCCGACCAAGAAUGCCGAGCUGAGGCUCUGUAUGGAUUAUCGGUUCUGGGAUGCGACGGAAUCGCUCGAGCUUGAUCUGAACGGUAUGCCGGAAGCGUACGACGGGUUGGAAUGUAGCACACUCCGUUGCUUUCCACUAGGACCGGGGAAUUUGUUACGAUCGUUACGAUCCGGUUACCUGAUUACGGAUGCACCGGCAGAAGACGACGAAGAUGAUGAAGAUACGAGUCGGGCGCCGUUGGACGAUCAUAUGGACGACGUGGAAGCACGAGAGCACGGUGCCUCGCUAAUGAACCGGUCCGCAUUGGACGUACAUUUUGAUAUUAAUGCGGAAGUGGAACCGGUACCGUCCGGCGAUGCGUUCAUACUCGACUACGAUGCUAAAGACAUCGAUGCCAAUGAUGAUUUUGCAGAAGAUGACGAACUGGCACUGGAACAGUGCAAAGGUUUGAUGCGCAAAACGGUUGUGAUUGAGGAUAUGCGACCGAUCGAUACGUGCAGCUCGCAGCUUGAAUAUUCCUACCGCCCGCUGGACAACAUAUCGCAGUUUUGGGCUGGUCCGGCCCACUGGAAGUUUAAGCGUUCGUUGCGAAGUCGUGCAACAGUGGUCGCAAGUGAUGGCGCAUCAACGGUUUCGACGAACUCGAAGGAGCGCGUGAGCCGCAAGAAGAAACGGUUCGAGCUGGACACGCUAGACGAUGCGCUAAGUGUAAGCGAAAACCUGUUUCUGGAGUACAACCCUAACCGGCCACUGAAGGGCAUCACGCUGCUCAAGAGCUCGGUUUGCAAGAAAUGGGAAUCGAAAAAGCUCAAGCUGCCGACGGACUAUAAUCUCGACCCGAAUCGAUUCGAUGUGUACAAGUACGCGCUCGGGAUAAAUAUACAGGAUCAUGGCGGUGUUGGCGUUUCGGGGCUUGCCCCAUCGGAAACGUACAGUUGCGAUGGUGGUGAUGAUCAGAUAUCGUGCAGUAAUGAUACGAACGAUGGAGGUGAUAAUGACAUGAUGGUAAACCAUGACGAUGGUGACUUCCACCCGAUGGAGCACGAUAAUGGACCACUAAACCAUGGCGAAAAAGAUAAGACACUGAACGCCUCCGUAGUUGAUGUAAUAUCCUCCGAAUUCCAGGGUGCACCGGAUAGGGUACACAAGAUCAACAUUGCGUACGCCAAGACUGCCAAGGUGAUCGACAUGAAGCAACUAAAGUACAACUGCUGGCGAAUUAUAAGCUCACACGUGCAGGCCGACCUUGGACCACGACCCUCCCAAAAUCCUUCCCAGCUGGACGUUAGUCUUCCACCGCCAACACAGGCAGACGAGGCGAAGGUGACGUUUACUACCCUCUAUCGCAAAGUUCCCCAGCUGCUGAGCAAAACGAUGAGUGAAAACAUUUCUAAAUCACUCGCAUUCUACGCGGUGCUGCAUUUAGCGAACGAAAAGUCUCUCCUGCUAGGACGGCAAGAAGAUUUGAAAGAUUUCACCAUAAGAAAGGCGGAUGAAUGAGC